UAGACGUCCAGAUGUUGGGGGCAGAGGAAGAAUGUUCACUCCAGAGCAAGAGACCCAUAUAGUGAACAUGGUGAUUGCCAAUAAUGCAAUAAGACUGCGCGAAAUACAGCAGCGCAUAAUUGAUAAUGACACCAUCUUUCAAAAUAUACACAGUGUAAGCAUUUCUGCACUAAGUCGUGUACUUGCGCGCCACAGAAUUAGAAUGAAGCAAAUUUACAGAGUUCCUUUCGAGAGAAACACAGAACGUGUAAAGCAACUGCGAUAUGACUAUGUGCAGAGAGUGAUGGAACUAGAAGCAGAUGCCAUGGGACAUGAGCUACUUUUUGUAGAUGAGGCCGGUUUUAACCUCAGUAAAACCAGGAGACGUGGCAGGAACAUUAUUGGACACCGUGCCAUCAUCAAUGUCCCAGGACAACGUGGUGGUAACAUAACCAUGUGUGCAGCUAUAAGCCAAAAUGGUGUUGUUCACCAUCAUGCAACCAUAGGCCCAUACAACACUGCACACAUUAUUGCAUUCCUGGACACACUACAUGACAUGCUCACUGUUCAGAGACCAGAGCAUACCCGAUAUGUCAUCAUAUGGGACAAUGUCAGUUUCCAUAGGGCUGCUCUGGUCCGUAACUGGUUUACAGACCACCCAUUUUUCAUGCCACUCAACCUCCCUCCAUACUCUCCAUUCUUAAAUCCCAUCGAGGAGUUCUUCUCUGCCUGGCGCUGAAAAGUGUACGACCGUCAUCCUCAUCAACAGGUAGCCCUUUUACAGGCAAUGGAGGAGGCAUGUGGAGAUAUUGACCAGGCAUCAUGUCAGGCCUGGAUACGGCAUUCAAGGAGAUAUUAUCCCCGGUGCCUUGGACUGGAGGAUAUCGCAUGCGAUGUGGACGAAAUUUUGUGGCCGGACCCAGAAAGACGACAUGAUGUAGGCUGAUUGUCUUUUUUUUGGUGAAAUUACUAUUUUGUGUUCUGACUUUAUCUUGGUUUUGAUGAGUGAAUAAUAAACACCAAUACUUGAAGUUUGGAUCCUUGUAUGUUUACAUGACACUAUGACAAAAAUAUGACCUCAAAUUGACAUCUGUACACAGAGAAAGCAAAAGCCAGAUGUGUUUUGUAUUCAUACCAUCAGUGUGUAGUUGGCACAUUGUGUGCUUAGUAGAUGAUGGCUUGUGUUUACUGUUUGAUACGAAAACACCAUU